GUCUCGGUUUGGGUUUGCGUUUUUGGGUGGUGGGUUCGUGCUCGCAACGGGGGAUGCGUGAGAUGGGGGGAACGGAUCUGUUUGACCCGAGGUCGGAGAUGGAGCCGCAGUUCUCGCAGUCGUCGUCCGACGGGGACUUCGGGUUCGCGUUCAACGACAGCAACUUCUCCGACCGGGUGCUCCGGAUCGAGGUCGUCGGGGGGCCGUCGGAGUGCAGAUCGGACGGGGAGGGGGGCUGCUGCACCAGCAUCGCCGAUUGGGCCCGUCUCAGGAAGAGGAGGAGAGAAGAUGGUAGGAAGGAGACGGCUCUAGAUAUCACCGUAUGCCCUGAGGAGCAGAUUCUUAACGAGCCUGAUAUGGAUGACUGUGAUGAAAAUCAGGAUGAUGCAGUUGCAAUGGUUGAAGAAUCACCGUCAGGCGAUGAAGCGGCAAGUAGCAACGACUCGGGCUGGAGCAUGGACUCUUCCACAGUUUUGAAAAUUAGGACACUGCACAUCAGCAGUCCUAUCUUAGCUGCAAAAAGUCCGUUCUUUUACAAGCUCUUCUCAAAUGGUAUGAGGGAGUCCGAACAACGGCAUGUAACUCUGCGCAUCAAUGCAUCUGAGGAAGCAGCCCUCAUGGAACUUCUGAAUUUCAUGUACAGCAAUACCCUGUCUGCAAAUACAGCUCCUGCUUUACUUGAUGUGCUAAUGGCUGCUGACAAAUUUGAAGUGGCAUCCUGCAUGAGGUAUUGCAGUCGAUUGCUUCGAAAUUUGCCCAUGACGCCUGAGUCUGCACUACUUUAUUUAGAGCUCCCAUCCAGCGUUCUAAUGGGCGAAGCUGUCCAGCCCUUGACUGAUGCAGCAAAGCAGUAUCUGGCUGCACGUUACAAGGACAUAAACAGGUAUCAAGAAGAAGUGAUGAGCCUGCCUCUUGCUGGGAUCGAGGCCAUUCUGUCUUGUGACGAUCUACAGGUUGCAUCGGAAGACGCAGUGUAUGACUUUAUCUUGAGAUGGGCUAGAGGCCAAUAUCCAGUACUGGAGGAGCGACGUGAUGUUCUAGGAUCACGCCUCGCACGCUACAUACGCUUUCCUUAUAUGUCCUGUAGAAAGCUUAAGAAGGUUUUAUCGUGUAAUGACUUUGACCAUGAAGUUGCAUCAAAGCUCGUACUCGAGGCCCUCUUCUUCAAAGCAGAGGCCCCGCACCGGCAACGAACCCUAGCCGCUGAAGAAUGCACAACAUCAAACCGCCGUUUCGUGGAGAGGGCCUAUAAAUAUCGACCUGUUAAGGUUGUUGAGUUUGAACUUCCUAGGCAGCAGUGUGUGGUUUAUCUGGAUUUGAAGAGGGAAGAAUGCGCAAAUCUUUUUCCGUCCGGACGAGUUUACUCUCAAGCAUUCCACUUGGGUGGACAAGGAUUCUUUCUCUCGGCUCAUUGCAACAUGGACCAGCAAAGCUCAUUCCAUUGCUUUGGGCUAUUUCUUGGCAUGCAAGAGAAGGGAUCUGUGACUUUUGCUGUGGAUUAUGAAUUUGCGGCCAGAUCGAAACCCACGGAGGAGUACAGUAGUAAAUACAAGGGUAACUACACAUUUACUGGUGGAAAAGCUGUUGGUUACCGUAAUCUUUUUGCUAUACCGUGGACUAGCUUCAUGGCCGACGACAGCCACUACUUCAUCAACGGUAUCCUUCAUCUAAGAGCCGAGCUUACCAUCAGGAACUGACUACUCUCCUCUAGUCCAGUUGUCAUAUUAACGUGGUUGGUUUCUAACUAGCCCUGACCAUUUUCUUUAGCUGCAAGUCUCUCCCUCUCCGAGAAGUAGAGGCAAUUGCGAUGAUACUGCUACUGCAAUUUGCAUAGAGGAUACUGUUAUUGCAAUUUGCAUAAAUUUUAAAUUAUACGAAUGAGGAGAAAAUUUUCUUGUGGAGAAGUCCUUUUUCCCAAGAAUGUUGGCCCGAUGUUAACUGGCUUAAGUAGCUAUCUACAUUUGUGAAGAUUUGUCUUCUCAGCUUCACAAAUAUGUCUGUAUUUAAUGCCGAGUCGAAAUACAUCUUGGAGGCGUAUCACUUUGUUUCUAAGAAACAUGCCUUGGCAGGGUUUGUCGAAUUUGGUUCCUUGUGUUCUUGAAAUCUAAUGCAAGAAACAGUAGUUGAAAGUUGAGUUGUGAA